AUGAAUGAAAAUACACUCGAAAACACCGAAUUAACUGAAUAAACUGAAAUAAACCCUCGAGACUAGUAAAAACCAAAAAAAUUAUUUACAUACGGUCAUAAAAACUACCCUAAUUAAUUAAAAACCCAAAAAAAUAAUAAUAAUAACAUAUAAUAAUUAAUAUUAAAACCAUCCGAAAAUGAAAUUGAACGUAAAAUAACUAAAUAACCCUAUAAAAUACUAGAAUCUUAAAAUCUCCAAGAUGAUUUCUAUCUUAACCUACUAGAUUGGUCUCCCUAAAACUACCUCGCAGUAGGACUAAAAAAUGAAGUUUUUAUAUGGUCCGGCUGUACUUCUACUAUAACUUAAUUAUGCAAUCUUGGCCUUUCAGAUAUAGUAAGUUCGGUUUCUUGGAGUUAGAGAAGUAAUCAUAUAGCAAUAGGUGAUUCUUUAGGUAAUAUAAGAUUAUAUGACACUGCAAAACAUAAGUUAGUUUAAAUUAUGCCAGGACAUUAAUCUAGGGUUGGCAGUAUUUCAUGGAAUGGAACACUUAUAGCCUCCGGAUCGAGAGAUAGGAAUAUUUUAGUGAGAGACACAAGGGAUGGAAAGAAUAACAUCAUUUAAAAAUACGUGGGACAUAAGCAAGAAAUAUGUGGUCUAAAAUGGUCUUUUGAUGAACAAUUAUUAGCUUCGGGAGGAAAUGACAAUAAACUAAUACUCUGGAGUCUAAAAAAAUAAGGAGAAUUAUCUAAAUUCUCGUAACAUUCAGCAGCUGUAAAAGCCAUAGGCUUCUCUCCACAUUAACAUAAUAUACUUGCCAGUGGAGGGGGUACGGCUGAUAGAUGUAUAAGAUUCUGGAAUACUCAAACUCUUAAAUAAAUUGAUUAUUUAGAUACUGGAUCUUAAGUUUGUAAUUUAAUGUUUUCAAAAAAUGAUAACGAAUUAGUGUCUACUCAUGGAUAUAGUCUGAAUCAAAUUAUUGUAUGGAAAUAUCCUUCAAUGAAAAAAUUUAAACACUAACUGGACAUACUUAAAGGGUUCUCUAUUUAGCAAUGA